GAGCUCAUUUUUCAGCUGCUGCUGCUCAAAUUGGAGUUCCGGAAGAUUAGCGUCCAGGGGGUCCAUCAAGCUGCCUCAUGCUACAGAAACAGGAGAUAGGCUCCUGUUCCUAUGAGCCGUUCCAGCUUGCACACUCCAAGGCUCGUGCAAGGUUAAUGACUAAUUACUUACUAAUUGUGUUCUGAAUCCUGUUAAAUAGUCCAAUAGCACCAAGGACAGUCUUAGUGCACCAAUCCAACAACAAACUCCAGGCACCAAGUAGGGCGCAAACACAGUCUUGUGUUACUUGCGUAUUGUUUGUGUUAUUGUCUAGGAACUGUGGGUGAUGAGGUGAUUUGCAUUGAUAUCAGUCACAUUGUAGAUGACCUUCUCCAGAAACAAAGGUAAUUCUGUAUGUUAGGCAAAGUAAAGACGGUCACUCACUCCUCGCCAGUGGAACUCAGUGCAUGACCAGAGAGACUCAGCACAAGAGAAACUGAAUGACGUCUCCUGUCUGUCAGAUGGUACCUAUGAAAACGAUGACAGGGACAGGCCUCUAUUCACUCGCUUGCCUUCUCAUGAUAAGUAGUGUCCGUUCUACCUGUGUUCCUUUGGAGUGUCUGAGGUGUGACAUAAUCCCCUCACCUGAAGUGUCUGGGAAUCACAAAGCAGAUGAGGCCAUCUGUGAACACCUGUGCUCUAACACCACCCAAUGUCUCAAUACCACUGAUGUAGAGAAUUGCAUAAAAGAUUUUGAAGUGUUUCUGAACACCAGUUAUGGGUUUGAAGUGGAGGAGGGUGAUGACCUCACAAUGGAGUGUGCCCACGACCUACCGGUGAGAGAUCAUGACCUGCUGGUGUUUGUCUGGCUGAAGGAUGGGCUUCCCCUGAAGGGCGAGAACAAUAGCACGGUCACCUUGGAGAGGAUAGGAAUAGAUACCCCUGCUGAGGGGAAAUACACCUGCACCAUCCAGAGUCCCUGUGGCAACUUCACCUCAGAUCCAGAAGAACUUGAAUUUAAAGACCUGACAGCGGUGAUCAUUGUGAUCUGUGGUGUGUCUGCGGUGGUGCUGGUCCUGGCCCUGGGCAUGGGCAUCAAGCUCAUGCUGCAGAAGGACUUUGCGAAGACCAAGACCAGGAUGCAGCAGAAUACUCAGAACCUACAGAACACCGCCAACACAACAGAGUAGGGUUUCCUUUUUUCCAAAAACCUACCCAUUUUCUUCCUGAGAAAAUUGCAAGCUUUUCCCGGGCAUCCAUGUAUUCCCGUUAAAACAGGAAAGGCUUUUUAAAAGAAUAUAAUGUGAGCAAAAAAAAUCUGAUUCACUGUAAAUGGAGAAACAUACACACGUGUCUAACUGUUUCUUGCUCUAUUUGUUGCAAUUUAAAGGUCCAGUGCAGACGUUUUUAUCUCAAUAUCAAAUCAUUUCUGGGUAACAAUUAAGUACCUUACUGUGAUUACUUUAAAUUAAAAUGGUAAAAAGAUUUUAAAAAAAUGUGCUUCUUACCAAAGAGCAUUUUGCUAGGACUGUCUGGGACUGGCCUGAGUGGUGAGGGGAAACUGAACAUGUUCUGUUAUUGGCAGAGAGGUUUGGAACUCUCUUUCUUAUUGGUCUAUUAACUAAUUUACCGCCUCCAAAACUUUCAAAACUUUUCACAAAUUCACAGUAUUAUUCCAAACUCUAGGAAAUCACGUUUUUCACUGCACUAGGCCUUAAAUCAACAUAAAGUUCCCUCAAAAUCACCACACUAUUUCGUUGAUGUUGCCUAGUUUUAAUGUAGGUCUAUGAAGCACUGUUGGCCAACUGAUAAAAUAUUGUUACAGCCUAGUGAAAA